AUGGUCUGUGCCGCUAGUGAAUGUAUAUGUGCUCAAAAAUCAACUUGUUCAUGUGGACAAAAACCUGCUUUACAAUGUGUUUGUGAUAGAAAAGAUAUUGAAAAUAAAAUACCUGAACUGACAGAAGCUUGUUCUUGUGGUAAAAGAUUAAAAGGCUCAUGUACUUGUGGUAUGAAUUCUGUUUGUGAUGGGCAUAGAGAAGGUGAAGUUGAUUUCACUGAUUUAAAAUAA